AUGCGAGAGGCGGGCAGCAAGGGCUUCUCUGCAAGGGAGACGCGAGGGCGGCGUCCUGCAGGGAGGCGGGGGCAGCUCCUGGGGCGCUCCAAGCUCUCGGCCCCAAAGGAAGCCCACGCUCGGGACCCGCGUGCUGCCACAGCCCCGCAGGCCUGGAGGGCGGGCCUUCGACACCUCCUGACACGUCCUGCGGGUGCCCGGGCCCGGUCCUCAGUUGGCUCGAGCCGGAUCCCGGCGCGCCAACGGCUCGACCUUGCCCCCCACGAGGCGAGGCUUCCUGCCCGGCAGGAAGGACUCGGCCGGCGCCUGCAGGCAACCGCGGAGCUGAAGGCGCGGCCGCUGGGCCGUUCCGCUCUCCCGCCGCCGAGUGCGCUGUCCUCCCGCUGCCCAGAGCGUCGCCGGAAGUGCCGAGGGGGCGAGCCAGGGGUGGGGACUGUGGCGUUUCCGGCGCGCGACGGGGCGGGGACCGUAGCGGGUGCAGUCCAGCUGCUCUGGACGCUGCAGCGCCGGCUUCUCUUGCUGGGGCGUCAAUUCGGGAGGACUGAGGGCACGGCCGAGAGAACGGGACUGUCAACGCCGCCCUGGCCCGCGCGUCCCGCCUUCCCCUUGCAGUGCAGGCCCCAGCCGCUCUCGGGCGCGGCGUGGGGGAGGCGGCCCUACAUACAGAAAUUGUUCCGACUGCUGGUGUUCUGCAAGGUGGAGCCAGGAGGAGAGCCUGCAGGUGCUAAGGAGAGCAGUACCCUGAUGGAGUCCCUUGCAGCUGUGAAGGCUGCUUUCCUGGCGCAGGCCCCGAGUGGCAGCCGGUCAGCCGAGGUGCAGGCAGCUCAGAGCACGGAGCCUGCCCCAGAGGCAGGCGCUCCCGAGGGAGAGGACCACAGAGGGGGGCCUCCCCGGGCACUGGGGUCUCUUGGCCUUUGUAAAAACGAGGAAGCCAAAGAGAGGCCCGGAGGUUCCCCUCGACGCCCGGUCAUUUCUGAGAAAACUGGAGGACAGAGUGGCCGCGAGUCAGACGUCCCUCCGAACGCAGGCCCCGGGGCGAAGAGCGGGGGCAGCUGGAGGGGGCGGCCUUUCCCGUGCAGCGCCUGUGGCCGCAGCUUCAAGUGCUCCUCCGACGCGGCAAAGCACCGGAGCAUCCACUCGGGGGAGAAACCCUACGAGUGCAGCGACUGCGGGAAGGCCUUCAUCCACAGCUCGCACGUGGUCCGGCACCAGCGGGCGCACAGCGGGGAGAGGCCCUACGCGUGCGCCGACUGCGGCAAGGCCUUCAGCCAGAGCUUCAACCUCCUUCGGCACCAGCGCGUGCACACGGGCGAGAAGCCCUACGCGUGCGCCGACUGCGGCAAGGCCUUCGGCCAGAGGUCGGACGCCGCCAAGCACCGCCGCACCCACACCGGGGAGAGGCUGUACGCGUGCGCCGACUGCGGGAAGCGCUUCCUGCACAGCUCGAACGUGGUCCGGCACCGGCGGACCCACCACGGGGAGAACCCGUACGAGUGCCGGGAGUGCGGCCAGGCCUUCAGCCAGAGCUCCAACCUCCUCCAGCACCAGCGGGUGCACACGGGGGAGCGGCCCUUCGCCUGCCAGGACUGCGGCCGCGCCUUCAGCCGCAGCUCCUUCCUCCGCGAGCACCGCCGCAUCCACACCGGGGAGAAGCCCCACCAGUGCGGCCACUGCGGGCGCGCGUUCCGGGCGCUGUCGGGCUUUUUCCGGCACCAGCGGCUCCACACGGGCGAGAAGCCGUUCCGCUGCACCGACUGCGGCCGCGCCUUCCGCCUGAGCUUCCACCUCAUCCAGCACCGGCGGGUGCAUGGCGCCGAGUGAGCCAGGGCUGCGGCGGAAGAGAUGCCGGCGGUCUGGUGAGUGCAAGGCCGAGGGCGGGGGAGGCUCCUGUCCGCCCCGUGCGCGGUGAGGAAGUAACAGCCGGCUGCGCGCCCGGUUCUCGGGCUGCGAAAGCCUCGCCAGGCCUGCAUCCGCCUUGGCUGGGGAGCAGUCAGGAGAGACAGGGCUCGGGGAAGGCGAGCGCUGCCCGCGGGAGGCGAUUACCAGACGCGGGGAGGCCUCAAAGGUCUGACCCGGGCCGGCCGCCCACUGCUGAGACGGCACGCCUCCCACGCUCAGCUGCAGCGACGGUCUCAUUUCCUGCUGGGGGGUAGUGGCCGGUGAUUGAAUCGGUCAUUCCUGCGGAACCAGGCCUCCAUCAAAACCCUGCAUGAGAUAAGGGCCUCGAGCUUCGGGUUGGUGAAGGCGGGGUUGGGGGGCAGUUAGGAAGGGGGCGCCCAGAGAGGGCAUGGAAGCCUCGCAUCCUCCCCCGUACCUUGCCGGUCAGUGGUUCAUCCGCGUAUUUCAACACCUUUUCACAGCCGGUUCAUAUGGUCCCGACUUCUGUGUGCUUAUAAAAUUAUGGAACCUGGCCGGGCACGGUGGCUCCCGCCUGUAAUCCCAGCACUUUGGGAGGCCGAGGUGGGCGGAUCAUGCGGUCAAGAGAUCAAGACCAUCCUGGCCAACAUGGUGAAACCCCGUCUCUACUAAAAAUACAAAAAUUAGCU